AUGGGGCGCACAUUCGCGCAGGAGAAGUCAUUCAUAGAACGAGUGAGCCCAUGCCAAUAUGUGGUGCGCAAGGGGUUUGUCAACAACAUGAAUGUGGAGGGUACAUUUUAUGUGAAUGACAGCCUCAAGGGUCUCCUGUUCGAGGAGCUUCAGCAGUUCUGUGAAAAAGGCGAGGUUGGGGGGUUCCUCCCAGCAGUUAAGCAGCUUGCAAAUGUGUCUGCAUUACCAGGCAUUGUGAAGAGGUCCAUAGCACUCCCAGAUGUGCACGCUGGCUAUGGUUUUGCAAUCGGCAAUGUGGCUGCCUUCGACAUGAACAAUCCAGAGGCUGUGGUGUCUCCCGGAGGCGUCGGGUUUGACAUCAACUGUGGGGUCAGGCUGGUCAGGACCAACUUGCUGGAGAGAGACGUUGAAGAUGUGAAGGAUAAAUUGGCUCAGUCGCUGUUUGAUCAUAUACCAGUGGGUGUGGGAUCGCAAGGAAUCAUUCCAACCACUGCAAAGGACCUGGAGGCUGCCCUGGAAAUGGGAAUGGAAUGGCCUUUGAGAGAGGGAUAUGCUUGGGCUGAGGACAAAGAACACUGUGAAGAGUAUGGCCGUAUGCUGAAUGCGGAUCCAUCCAAGGUCAGCCAAAGAGCCAAGAAGCGGGGGCUCCCACAGAUGGGCACCCUUGGAGCUGGGAACCAUUAUGCAGAGAUUCAAGUGGUUGAUGAGAUUUUCGACCCCUCGGCUGCAACAAAAAUGGGCAUCGACCAACUGGGACAGGUGUGCAUCAUGAUCCACAGUGGCAGCCGUGGGCUGGGCCACCAAGUUGCAACCGACGCCCUGGUGGCUAUGGAGAAGGCCAUGGCCAGGGACAGGAUCCACACCAACGAUCGGCAACUCGCAUGUGCCAGAAUAAAUUCCCAAGAGGGCCAGAACUACAUGGCCGCAAUGUCCUGCGCUGCAAAUUACGCCUGGGUGAACAGGACGUCGAUGACCUUCUUGUGCCGCCAGGCUUUCGCCAAGAUGUUCGACUCGAUGCCGGAUGACUUGGACAUGCAUGUGGUGUACGAUGUCAGCCACAACAUUGCAAAGGUCGAGGAGCAUAUGGUGGAUGGGCAAUUGAUGAAGCUCCUCGUUCACAGAAAGGGCUCAACCAGAGCCUUCCCGCCGCACCACCCGCUGAUUCCUGUAGACUACCAAUUCACGGGUCAGCCUGUGCUCAUCGGCGGGACAAUGGGCACAUGCAGUUACGUGCUGACCGGCACUGAGAGGGGCUUCAGGGAGACGUUUGGGAGCACAUGCCAUGGGGCCGGUCGUUCCCGAAGUCGCAACAGCUCCCGCAAGAACCUCAACUACCAGGACGUUCUGGACGCUCUGAAAUUCAAGGGCAUCUCCAUUCGUGUGGCGAGCCCCAAACUUGUGAUGGAAGAGGCCCCCGAGUCAUACAAGGACGUGACGCAAGUUGUAGACACUUGCACGGCGGUGGGCAUAUCGAAAAAGGCCGUGAAGCUUCGCCCCAUUGCUGUCAUCAAGGGGUGA